AAAGUUGUAUGCAUUGCUACUCCUCAAAAGACAACAGAGUAGCACUACAUAACUCAACCACAUGCUUUUUCUGAAUGUGAUUUGUCAGGUCUGGCGGAGACUAUCGUCUCAGAAGCUGAGCCUCUUUGGUCGGGCAUAUAUAUCGAACCAGCUGUCAUGGUCUGCUGAUGGAUACAGACAGCUUGAGCAAGUCGGCGACUUCCACGAGCCGUCACCACCAAAUGCUUUUGAAUCUGUCGACAGGAGCAGGCGCGUUGUGCCAAUUUGGUCUACUAGAUCAAAUGAGAACGGUGUAUUUAGAUCCAGAGGUUCUGAGAAUGGCCAAAAUAUACCACGGGAUGAUGCAGACAAUGUGCCAUGUACAGAUGCGUCCCGUCCCACUCCUCUUCCUUCGGCACGCAAAGCCAAAAAGUUCAACGAAACUACUCUCGCCCAAAGAGAGUCCUCUCUUCAGAAGCGAGGCGGAAGACAACUCCAGAUCCUCCCACUCGCCGACUUCCAAUUCUUCUUUGUCUGAGAGAACCGCUCCAACAACUCCGCCACCACCCAUACCACCAACAAGCCGUCAACUUCGACUUUCAACUGCAGGGCCAUGCAUACUUUACGGUUCAUGUACUAUAUUGUUAAACGAGAAACACUUGACAACUGCAGUAUACAUAUUCUCCAAAUGUUUCUACUACAGUAUGUGCCACUGACGGUACAUUGAUAUCAUCACUGUAAUGUUGUAGCAACUCCUUCGAUAAAAAUACAUAAUGUUUCUCUGAAGGG